GUUGCGGGACGCGCUACUACACAUCUAAAGGUGCGCAGUGUAAGCCUUGUAUGAGUAGUAACCAACCGGCAGUAGUAUAUAAAUGGUCGAGGUGCUACUUAUGUACUCCCAAAACAAAUCCUAUGUGGGACUAAACUGAUUGACUGUACACAUAAUCGACCAAUGUAAGUGAGAAGUGUGAUGAAUUGUGCAAGUCACUCGAGUGAGGAGUGUACGGUGGUGAUAUAAGAGUUAUGAGUGACUUGAGUGCCGCAUCAAGGUCGCAUCACGCUGAUUGCUGCUCAUCCCUAUCCCAGUGCCGCCAAUCCCUCCCACGACGUCCUCUCCCCAGCUAUGAGGUGACUGUCCCAUUUCACGCUGCUGUUCGGGGCGGCGACUCACAGAGGGCAUUAAUUAUCAGGCGGUGCAUAACGGGAUGUGGCGGCGGGAGGCACUGACGGAGGAAGGUGACCCCCAUCCCACGGAGGACGGGAAGCCGGUGGAAAAUGUAACAGAAGGAAGAAAAGUGGAGCCAGAAACUACGCAAGAGAUGGUGGAAAAGGAAGAGGAGGAAUAUGAAGAGAACACCGUAACAGAAUCAAAAGCCCUAAACACCACUGACGGAGCAGAAGAGGGGCGAGGUCACCGCAGCGUGCUGGAGGGUCAUCGCCCAGCCAAAAUCAUCGUGACAGCGAACCGAAGACGAGGCCACCCGGCGGAGGACACCCACGCCCUGGACCGCAACCUACCUCCCCCACGCCUGAUGGAGACUCCCCACCGCCCUCCUCACUCGGACUACCUCGUUAACUACCCAGGGGCUAGGUUAAGGGUAGCUGCCCCUCGCCCCUCUCAUCACACACCACACGGGGUGGAAACGGCUGUCAGCAGGAGAGAAGAGCCACACUCCAUCAUGUUCGGCUCGUCCAGUCUUUCCACCAGCACCUACCACCACAACCAACACCAUCAUCCAGCCCGCCACAGGUCAGGCCGGCACCGCCACCACUUGCAACAUGAAGCUCAGACGUACGAUGGCCCCCAAGAAACCCGCGGCAUGAGUUUAGGGGGUGCUAUGUGGAGGUGCUGCACUGAUGUGUCUCAGAAUAUGAUCUUCAAAAGUGAAAUUAUUACAUGUAAUAUAAGCAGAAACGACGACGCUGGGCAUGCUAACGAGAAACCGAGUCUUGUUUACAGGGAGGAGGAAUACCUAGCAAGUCACGUGGUACCGAGGGAGCCAAUUAAGUAUUACAAAGCUGGUGGAGUGUCGCCCACCCCUGUUACUAUCCCCCAGCCCACGCCGAGGCCCCAUACGCACUCAGGUCAGGUCCCAAGACAACCUGGGCCCUUACAUGAUCCUCAGUAUCCUCCCCAACUCCACAUGCAACCCCCGACUCCAAAUCAGCCCUAUCACCCCGAAGAACAACACCAGGCGUCAGGAUCUGCCCCUUUCCGCCCAUCUAAGCUACUGCCCCCCACACGCCGCUCCACCACCGCCACCAUCCCCACUGCCACCAGUCCCAAUCCCCACACGCAUCCAAGUGAGUUACGAGACAUCCUUCACGUGAACAGGGCGCAGUCUCUUCCCCGCCGUCCCUCCCCGCCGCGACGCCCCAGCACCCGCCUGGACGACCGAGCACCCCUCCCCGUUCGCCUCCACGCCAGCCUAGCCCCUCUCCACCUCCACCCUGCACGCCGCGGACAAGUUGUGAACGCCCCCAGACCAGCUUUCUCAGUUCUGGUCGCAGGGGAAGACGCCACAGCCUCCCUCACACCCCUGGCUACUCUCAGCAAGUCCGGGGUACCGAGAACUGAGAUAGGGCACCGGGCCGGGGGAGUCAGCAGGGGCCGCGACUCCCCCACUAAGCCACAUAGAAGACCCGGUGGCCGGAUCACGAGGCCUGCAGGGGGGCGCUACACUUUCAUGUCUGGAGAGGUGUACACGCCGCCGCCCCUCCAGCCACACCCUUCACACCCACAUCAACAGAAGCCCUUCUUCAGUGAGAAAGAUAAUGAUUUGGAGAAUCCAGAGACAUGGUUCCCAUCUCAGCCUCCUCCCGACUUACACAAGAGUGACAGACUUGCCUCUGACCAUAAUGAGGUUCACGUUCUUCCAGUUGUUUGA